AUGAUACCAUUGCCUUGGAAUGUCUAUGAGCAAGUAGUACCAACGAUCCAUGCGCAGCUGGGUGUACAACAAUGGAUUGAUAUGUAUCAACAUUGUCAAUUUAAUACAUUCGAUAAUUAUCGUCGUUGGUAUGAAUCUGCACAUAUUGUUUCUGCGCAACAAAUGUAUUGUUCCUGUCGAUAUUUUUGUAAAGAGUAUAUAUGCAAACAUUUGGUUGGUCUCAAAAUUCUAUAUGGCAUACACAAAUUACCAAAUGAUCGUUUACCACUUGGAAAAAAAACCCAGAGGACGACC